AUGGAGAGCCUCCAGCUGGCGCAAAUGCUUGCUGACCUGAGCAGCCUCAAUGCAACGGAACCAAACGCUGCUGCUGCCCUCGUCACGGCAAACAAGGCCAUCGAGACAGUCGAGAAAAAGACCGCCACCAACCCUGCUGCCGCCGGACUGCCGAAGCGUCCCACCGAUGAACUCCGCCGCGCUCACAGCUCGCAGACCUCGCGGCCUGGCACAGGCACAGGCUCCCCCGUUCGCAUCGACAAGUUCGGCCGUCGCAUGAUGAUUAGCCCGCCUGUCUUGUCGCGUUCGAAUUCAGCCCAAGGAUCCAUCCCGGGCACCCCGAAGCGAGAUUCAGAAGGCGAAGACGAUCUGGACCGAGCCUCGACGCUGAUGGCGUUGUAUGAGAUUCGAGCGAAGCUGAAGCAGCAGGAUAACAGCAGCCUCAUGAAGGCACGCGAGAAGAUUGCCGACCUCGCAGCGCGACAGCAGCAGCAGCAGCAGCAGCAGCAGCAGCAGACGGCUCCGAGCAAGAAGGAGCCGGAGAAGAUUACCUCUCGGUUUACAUUUCCCAGGUAA